AUGAGCUCAGAUUCAGGAGAGAGCCAUUCCAGCGCUCACAACCACUAUGGCCAACAGGCAGACGUCACGGGAAGCGCCAGGGAUGAUUUGGCUGAAUACGAGGAUAGUGUCGAUGAGAGCGUCAUUUCCCAAUCAGGCGCGGGGAAAGAAGAGGACGGAGGUACAGAUGGGGUCCCAUCGGCAGACGACGGUUCUGAGAAGUUGACAUUCGCAAAAACGAGGCGGACUGGCCCACGAGAACGUGUACAAAAGUCGGCUUCAGAUUUAUCAAUAAGAUCCAAGGCUCUGAAUGACGACAGUCCCGCGUCGACAGACAUUCCAGACGACACUCCAUCAGUCCAAGGCUCAGGCAUAUCAUCCCCCACAAGCAGCCAGCCUCUAUCACACAGCUCACUCCGCCCGCAUCGCCCAACCUCCUUGCAGCCCUUUGAGCGUCGCUUUUCUUCGCGUCUAUCCCCCUCCCCGCUUUCUUCCCCUCGAGGAACCUCGCCUGCCUUUCUGUCACCGCAUUCACGGCAAUCUUCUAUAUCUAGCAAUGUUGUCAUCCAACAUUUGACAGACGACGCCUCCGAGGCCUCUCAGGCACCAUGGGAGGUUGUCCGCUGGACAAAACUUCGAAAAAUCACAGCCCAGGUCUUUUCAGAGGUUGGCAAGCGCAAUUUUGGCCGCCCAACAUGCCUAAACGUCACCGUUUCCCUCGCCAUAGGUACCUCGAAAGGCUUCAUUCUCAUCUUCGACUACCAGCAGGUGCUCAAGUCUAUCAUCGGACCAGGGACAAAGGCCAUAGAAUGCGGCUCCAUCACUGCCCUAGCUAUCUCUGCAGACCAUACUACUAUCGCUGGAGGUCAUGCUACUGGCCACAUCUUCACUUGGGAAUUGGCCAAACCCGCCAAGCCUUUUCUUCAUAUCCCACCCCUAGACAGAGAAAGCUUAGAGGAUGGCAAGACAGACGGCCACGUAUCGGGUGUAGCAAUCCUACACCUGGGGUUUUUGGGGACACGCCAUACGGCACUCGUCUCCGCUGAUGAUGCUGGUAUGGCAUUUUCCCACCUGGCAACACGUGGGUUAGGCGCCCUUGGCCGCACAGUAAAGACGACUCGGAUUCUAGGAAGGUACCCCCUAUCGGCAAAAUCACUAGAAAAACCACGAAAGCCGAGUUCCGUCCUCGCCUUUGCUCCACUACCUCUCGGAAACGUGGAGCAGCCGACCGACGACAUGGGCCUAACGGCUCUCUUGACACCCUAUCUUUUGGUAAUCGUAUCAACCACCCCUAUUGCGCAAACACAGCACAAGGCCCCUCGUCCAAAAGAUGUUGUAGCACAUAGCGCGCUGAGCGGAUGUCUUGCUUGGUUUCCAGCAGUCAAGCUGAAGACUUCGAGUGGGCCGACCAAUGCAGUGUCCAAAACCAAACUUGUGUACUGCUGGUCAAACGUCCUGACUGUACUCGAUGUCCACUCGGAUGCAGCAGCAUCUUUAGAAAAGGACAAACCGCCAGAGCUUCGUUUCAAACCUCGUAGCCGUUGGAAGGCAGAAGAGGCAAUCGUCGCUGUUCAAUGGCUCAGCAGAUCAGUCCUGGGCGUACUAACAAUCAGUCAGCGCUUGAUGAUUCUAGAAGACAACACUUUACGUGUGACCGACUCUUUUGAUCUGCUCCAAAAGCACAUUUACCACUCUGAUCUCUUCUCGCGCCAACUCAAACCCGUCGUUGAGCAGUUAGAUGAAAACGAUGCUUCGAUGCAUGGCGUUGUGGCCGACGCCUUCUACAUGAGCUUUAGAGUGUACAAGGGCCGCAUGUUUCUGCUAGGCUUCAACGACUGUUCUAUUGGCACUCUUUCAAACUGGGCAGAUCGUUUGUUGGCACUCAUGGAAGAUGGUGAUUACAUUGCUGCCCUUGGCCUCGCAACUUCAUACUAUAUUGGUGAUGCAGACAAAAUCACUGUUGGAUUACCCGAGGAUGAUGAAGCACGCCAUGCUUUAGUGCAGCCGAAAUUGCGUGAGAUGAUUACUGCAUCACUCAAAUACUCCUUCUCGCAAGACAGUGAUGUCGACGACGAAGCAAGAGAGCGGCGACUGAAAGAGCUGGCCGAGGUGGUGUUCGCAGGACUAAUGAGUAUGAAAGAGCUCGACUUUCUUUUCGAAGAUGUGUAUGAUGCCUAUGAAGAAGCAUCGGCGGAGAAGGCUUUUUUCGAAACCCUCGAGCCGUAUAUACAAGACGAAGAGAUUGAUUCCAUACCACCCAACGUUCUGAAGGAUCUCAUCACCUUCUACGCCUCAGCGAACCGCUCAGUCCAACUUGAAGAGAUGAUUUGUCGACUCAGCACAGACACAAUGGAUCUCAACCAGGUCACAACACUUUGCCAGCAGUAUGUCUUGUAUGAUGCGCUGAUAUAUGUCUGGACCAAUGCAAUUGGAGACUACAUCACGCCUCUCGUCAACAUUCUAGAGCUGAUUAAGCUGGUGGAUUUUGACGUGAAUGAAACGGACAACAUCUACCUCACUGCGGCCAACAAAAUCUUUCCAUACCUCGCAUAUACCUUUACAGGACGGGUGUACCCUGGAGGUGCAUUCAUGAACGACGACCAGGCUUACAGUGCGAAGAAAGAUAUGUACCGUUUCUUGUUCUCAGGAAAGAACCUGCAGUGGCCCCCCGGCUCUGGACAGGUCAUACUCACACAAACCGACGGUAGUCCUGAACCACCUUUCCCUUACCUGCAACUGGUCCUUGAAUUUGAUGCUUCAAGCUUCAUGAGCAUGCUGAACGAGGCCUUUGAAGAUAGCUUUUUGAAUGGUGAGCAAGACAUGUCCAACGGUACACAAGUGAACGGCACAAAGAGCGGCUCUACCCUUACACCAACUCGCCAGUCCAUCAUCAACUACCUGUUUGGUAUCAUGAAUACGGACAAUUUUGAUCCGGCAGACAUUAUCUAUUUCUACAUGUUUGUAGCCAGAAAUCUGCCCAAGUAUCCACAACACAUCAUGCUGCCAGGAACGUCUUUACACCAGGUCCUUGUUGGUCUAUGUAGCUAUCCCGCAGAAGCGAUGAAGGAAGACUGUCAGCUCUCUGUCGAGUAUCUGCUUUCUAUCUACCAUCCACCGAACCCACAGUCUCUCAUCCCGCUGUUCGAGAAGGCUGGAUUCUAUCGCGUGUUGAAGUCUGUCUACCGCAGCGCACAACAAUAUGACAAACUGCUGGAAACAUACCUGGAUGAGGAGGAGGAAGAAGACUCUGUGUUUGCAUGUAUUGCUGACGUUCUGCGGCCAAACAAAGGUCUUACAAAGAAGCAGCUCAACGAGGUCAAAGCAGUUAUCCUCAACCGAGCUGCUGACCUGGCUGCUGUUGGCGCGUCACAAGCCGCUUUAACAGUAAAGCAAUACACUCCCGAUCUCUUAGAGUCAGUUCUAGAUGCCAUCAAAGAGGAUACUGAUGCUCAAUAUCACUUCCUUGAGGCUCUCGUCGAACCGAACCGGGCGCAGGCAGGAGGCACCAAGCCCAUCGAUGAAACCCUUCCAUCAGGCUUCAUUGAAAGAUAUGUGCAACUCAUGUGCACUUAUAACAGUUCACAUGUGGCGGACUUUGUCAGUAUGUUGAAAUCGGGUGAUCUCAAACUGGAACCCGUACUUCCAGCCUUGGAGAAGAGUGGUGUCAUUGACGCUGCAGUCAUACUCAUGGCACGUGACGGAAUUGUUCAAGGAGCUAUGGACCGCUUAGUCAAGCAUUUGGGUACGCUUGAGACUGCCUUGACGGGACUCAUCAACGGCGCUGCGGAAACGCCCGAUGCAGCAAAUACAGAAGAGGCAAUUCACGAUAUCCUCGACGACAUUCAGAAGUACAUCAAAGUCGGCGUAUGGCUAUGCCAAGGCCAGACGCGGAUAACAGAGCGAACGCCAGAAUCUACCAUUGAUCGGCGGAAGUCAGCCUAUGGUGAAGUGCGCGAAGCCGAUCUUGCCUUGGAUGAGCUGCUGUGGCUCGACCUCGUUGAUACCUCUGUCCGUCUCAUCAGAGAUACAUCCAGUGCAGUUGCCGAACACGACGCUCGUAUUUCCUCAUCAAACAACGCUCCAGCCGACACAGUCGACACAGCACGCAUCGUCUCCACCCUUCGCUCCUCAAUCCAGCAAACAUUCUCCGCCCUCCUGACAUCCACCACCAUUCCCCCAGAAAGGAAACCAACCCGCCGAACACUUAGCAUCGACGCAGUCCCGACUCGUCCUCCACUACAAUCAAAACCUCAAUCCAACCCUUCCUUCCUCCGCAUCCUCCGCUGCUUCCUCACCCGCGCAUCAACCACCUAUUCCCCCUCACUCUCGGACCUGCGCUCCGUCCUCUCUGAGAUUUUCGCAGCCUACACUUUCGAAGAAACAAUCCUCAGCCUCGCCAACCGUUUCCUCGAUAAAGAAAGCUUCACCCACGUCCAUCAAAUCACCGAGCUACGCAAGCGCGGAUGGCGGCCCCGCGGCCAAGUCUGCGAGGCGUGCAAGAAACGUGCUUGGGGUCCUGGCGCGGGACCAGGUGUUUGGGAUGCCUGGGAGAAGCGCGAGGAGAUGAGGUUGAAGAGUAGGGAGGAGGCGGCUGUAGGGUGGCAAGGGGAUGGGGGGAUGGGGAAGAGGAUGGGGAAGAGGCCUAGUCGGGUUAAUGUUAUGGAUGGGGCGGAGGGGGGAGACGAGGGAGACGACAAGGCGGUUGUGUUGUUUGCUUGUAGGCAUCUGUGGCAUAGAGAGUGUCUUGUCAAGGAUAGUGGGGGGAAAGGCGGGUUGGGUGAGGAGAUUGCGAGGAGUAUGGGGAGGGGAUUGAAGUGUGGGAUUUGUGGGUGA